AUGGAGCAAGCAGAUGAAAUAACAGCAAGCAGACAUGACGACGGUGUCGUGCCUGCUCACUGUCACUUGUAUAUAAGAGAAAACGAGAAGCAAGUGAUAACUUUGAGAGAGGGGAAUGUGGUACUGGUGGUGAUGGUGUGUGGGGAUAGGGAUGGGGAUGGGGACGGGGACAGGUAUAGGGGGUGGGGAAGGGAAAAGGUUCGUUGGUGUGGUGGUGGUGCUGCUGCUAGGAGAUCGAGGACGGGGACGACUGGGGGAGGGGGGAAGGUUCGUUGGUGUGGUGGUGGUGCUGCUGAGUGGGCGUUGGGGACAAGGACGAGGUGGGCAUACGGGGGAGUCGGGAGUGGAUGGGGUGAGAGGACGGGGGAAGGUGCUGGAGGGUGGGGGGACGGGAGAGGGUGGUAG